UGUUGAAUGGCUCCGUCCAAAACCGCAUACUAACGUGCUUAAUAGUGUGUACCACAGCGUUGGACUGGAGCUGUAAUUGGCACACUAUAUAGUAGGGUAGUGUGCGGUUUGGAACGUGGUUUGAGUAGCGUGUCAAACAGCACCGACAAGUCACACUUACAGCUGGUUAGUGUAGCGGCACCAGAAAGCCGGGGCGUGUUUCGUGUUUGAGCUUUUGACACACGUACACGGUGGGAAGCUAUUUAAAGAUUGUAUUCCCCGAUGUAUAAAUCAUUAUCUGACAGCUCGACUUGCUCUUUGAGAAUUUAGGUUGAAGAUUCAGAAUUCUUAGAGAAAAUGGCGGAGGUUGCGACACCCGGCGUGGAAAAGAGCCUCGACGACUUCUUUGCUAAGCGGGAUAAAAAGAAGAAGAAAGAAAAGGGUAAAGGGAAAGACGCGGGUCCGGUGAGCGCGCCGGCGGCCGCGGUGAAGAAGACCAGGAAAGAAAAGGAGAAGUCGAUGAAAAACGACAACCAAGACCCGACCACUGAGAAGGAGGAUGAGGAAUGGAAAGAGUUUGAGCAGAAGGAGGUGGACUACAGUGGCCUGAGGCUUCAGGCUCUGCAGAUAACUGAUGAAAAAGAGGAGGAAGAGUAUGAGAAGGAGGAGGUGGAUGAGUACGGUGAGAACAUAAUGGUCAGUGGAGAUAAAGUAUCUGGGCCUUGGAACAAAUCUGGACCUCCUCCACCAGCUGCCCCUGUGGAGGAAAAAGAGAUUCCUGAGUCGAAGCCUGCUGGUGUGUAUCGUCCCCCUGGGGCUCGGUUAGGUUCGUCAAAAAAGGUGCCAACACAGGGGCCUCCAGAGAUCUACAAUGACGCGCAGUUCCCUUCACUUCUUGCAACUGCCAAACACGUGGAGACUCGCAAGGACCGAGAGAUUGAGAAGACAUUUGAGGUGGUCAAACACAAGAGUCGUGCCAGAGAAGGCGAAGGUCAAGGAGCCGUACAGCAUUUACAGUUAGACAACCAGUUUGCAGUUCUAGAGGAUAAAUAAACAUUGUCCUCACCCCUCAGCCCACCACCAACGGUGCAGUCCGAACCACAGGGUGAGAUGACCCACCUCUGUGCUGAUGCAGUCCUGAUCAUGAUGGAGAUGCACCACACACACACACACACACACACACCUAUACUACAUUUCCUCUCUUUUACUCUCUUAAUUCUCUCACACACACCUGCACCCCACAAAAACAUUAGGACCGUGCCCUCAAGUAUUUCACUCACACUUGGCUGGCCAAGGUUAUCUCAUAUUGAACACAUCCAAAAGGCUGCAGCAAAGGGAGCUGAGUGACUUUAAAAUUCUUAAGACAGUGGAAACAAGCAAACUUCUGUGAUGGUGGAUUUAUACAGAGCAGUGGAUGGUUGGAGAGCUGCGCAAUGGGACAUCAGCUGAACUCUUGAGAAAGCCCUCUCUGAUGAUGGACUCUUAUGUGAUCAAUUGAACUUCUGUUGAAAUUACACACACACACUUUUUUUUUUUUUUUUUUGCUUUGCUAAAUCAACAGAACUCUUGCAGUGAAGAUGUUUUCUGUUCAUGAUGUGAGUACAGCGGGAUUGUUCUGGUCAGGCCAGAGGAGAGGGUAAAGACUACCUCAGAUACAGAUCUGUGCUUAACCUGGUGACAGCCAGUCCUUGGGCCUGGUCACAAUCCCAGCUGAAGAGGAGCACUUAACACUUCAUCCUAAACUUGAAAGUUUCUUUUCUCUCGCCCAUGUUCUUUCUUUUGGGGCUCUAAAGCUUGUGAUAUUUGAAUUGAUUCUAUUCAAAGUGGCCUUACUGUAAAGAGUAAAAGCAUAGAGUGAUUUGAAAUAUAUAAAUAUAUACGAGUGUGAGAAAUGUCUAUCAUCCUCUGGAGAGACAGUUGCUGAGUAUGAGGAAAACUGAUGUUUGCCUCAGUUGUACCACUUUGAGGAAUAAAAACCACCUCCCUGCUUCCUUGUACUGGACUGUAGUGCUAAGUUGUAGUUGAAAUCAUUUUUCUUUCCUGGACUCUGCUUGAGCACUCAGAUUGUUUAUUGCAAAAAAAUAUGAAUUUGGUGCAAAACUUAUCAUGUCUAGAAAAACCCCACCCUUUUGAUUAACUGUUUCCAUUUAAUGUUUUCCCCUUUUCCUCUCUUUCUACCCUUUUCAGUAUGCUUUUUAAUGGGAUUUCAUGAUUGGUGAACCAGAAUUAAAGUGUAACCCUCUGAA